AUGGCCAGCUGGUCCGACAUCCUGCCCCCCUCCCCCUCCUACCCACCGGGACACGGGGGUAAGAGACAGAAGAGAGGUGCCCAGCAGUGCGGGGGCCUGGCAUCUCCACUAAGAGCUCUGAGCGGAGCCUCCAACCACUGCCCCAUGGGAGUCUGUCCUUUAAUGCCUCUUACUUAUCCAUCCGCCACCAGCAGCAGACAGCAGCUGACAUGGAGCGUCAGAAACACCCUCAUCAUUUAUUAUAAUCCUCUGGUCUUCACGGUGAUCCCAGGGCCAGUCGUUCCCCUGACCACAACCACCGUGCUAAUCUUAAAUGCGGCUGGAGAAAUGGCCCUGGACUCCGAGGAGCAGCCUUGGCCUCUGCCCAAAACCAAACCGGUCAUGGAGCAGAGCUGGAGUGAGGCCGUUUUCAAAGACUUUCUCUGUCCUUGGGCUUUGUACAUGUUUCAGCAGCGGAGCAAAGACACUUAA